AUGCCUUUGGUGUUGGAGAUUACAAGCACCAACUUGAAAGCAGGAUAUGCUGAUUCCACUCAACCGGAUGUACUUCCCGUUAAAUACCAUGCACAACUGCGACUAUUCCCACCUGAGUUCCAUCUCAAUGAACAUUCGAUAACCCAGAAUCAAAAGGAUGAAAUUGUUGAAAAUCUUUUACCUCAAUAUCGACAAAAAGCCAAGGAGUAUGAAACGAUGUUGGGCCAUUUCCUACCAUUGAAAGAUGAAUCAUUCCCUGUGCAAAUUAUCCGCAAGCUUGUCCAUCAGAUUUUGUUUCAAUACCUGUUGACGGAUGAUUUGGCAUUUGUUGUUGACCACGAUUUCUCAGACAUCUUGAAACAUGUGAUACAUGACAUCUUGCAAGGAUUGAGAGUACGAAAAGUGGUGUUUCUUCCAUGUUCAGUGUUGGCUGCAAUUGGCGCAAAUGAGACAGAUGCGUUGGUAGUUUAUUUUACCAUGGAGUGUGUGAAACUUUACGUGGUGAGCGAUUUGCGAGAAAUUGCCAUUUUAGAGGAUUCAAGAGUCAACUUACUAAAUAAAAACAGGCACCACGAUACCAUUCAGGAACUUAUUGAUGAAGUAGUUUCAAAAUCGCCAAUCGAUCUAAGAAGAAAACUACGAGAAACGACAAUAAUGUUGAGUGAAGAUAGCAAUGAGUAUAUUCAAAUCGAUCCAACUCCUGAAAAGCAACACUUCCAAUCUCGACAAAGUGUGGGCUGCUGGGUGGCUUGUGCUUUGUAUGCAACUAGUCACAAAUCAGGUGCUGUAGAUGUUGUUAAAGAUUAA